ACCUCUGAUUAAAACGGUGGAGAAAGAUAGUGGGGAAGCCCACAACUAAGCGCUGGGUUAGAAAUCCCUUCUGUUUAUUUUUUACUUUAUUGCUGAGGUAGAGUGUAUACUAUAUAUUAAUGAUAGCUGACUGUUUAUGGCCUAUCACACAGUGUGACAUAAUAAUUUAGCGCGCAUAGCUUUUCUGCGGACUGGCAGAGCCUCCAUCACCAUCCCUGCGUGCGCAGCGCGCGCCACCAGCAGCCCGGCUCUAACACCCGUCCGAAGCGGCUGCAGAGUGAGCUCAGGCUGGGUGGCUGCUGCUGCACAGGCACCAUGGAGCAAAAAUCCCCCAAACCCGGAGGCUCCAGCAGGGGCCACGAGUCCCUGUCCUACCAGCGGAGGAUGUGGAAGAAUUUCCAGGAGAAAACCAAGCCGUGGCUCAGUCCUAAAUUGGGCUCGGAGCGCCGCGGAGCCGCAGGGGGAGCGGAGGGCACCAAGAAGGAGUCCGGGUUGUGGAUGUUCAGGAGGAAAAAGAAACAGCUGGACCGAGUGUUUUCCUCGUCGCAGCCGAACUUGUGCUGCUCCACUCCGCCGCCUUUUGAAGGAGAAAAGACCGAAUCCACCUCGGAGAUGAGCUCUGAUGCUCCGGCUCUAGGGACAGCUUCUGGGGCCACAGGCAGCAAGCCCGAGCUGACGGCCCACGGGAGCCCCAAACUCCCCGUGUCCCAGCUGAUGAUGUACCAGCAGAAGAGCUCCUCUCUCGGCUCGGCGUGCUUCGAGAAGCUGGUAGUGGAUCCGGCCGUGGAGCUGGGAGAGGAAGAGCAGCUGCGUAAAAACGCAAGUGAUUCUGGCAUCAACAUAGUUGGGCCUGGUAAUGCAGAGUCUCAGCUUCAGCUUCCUUGCCCAGCCAUGUACCAGCUGGAUAUUGUUCUGAAGAAAGGGAAAAAUCUUGCCAUCCGUGAUCGAACAGGGACCAGUGACCCAUAUGUGAAGUUUAAAAUCGGAGGGAAGGAAGUGUUCAGAAGCAAAACGAUCCAUAAAAAUCUAAACCCAGUGUGGGAUGAGAGAGUCAGCCUUUUGGUGGAAACCCUCAGGGAGCCGCUAUAUGUCAAAGUGUUUGACUAUGAUUUUGGACUCCAGGAUGAUUUUAUGGGCUCAGCGUAUCUUCAUCUGGAAUCACUCGAACAUCAGAGGACGUUGGAUGUAACUUUGGAAUUGAAGGAUCCACAGUAUCCUGAACAUAACCUGGGGAGCCUGGAACUCGCCGUCACUCUGUCACCAAAGGAGGGAGACAUAAAGGAUGCUACCAUGCUUUUGAGAAGAAACUGGAAACGAGCUAGUAAGUACCAGAGUAUGAGGCUCUCGGAUGUACACAGAAAAGCCCAGCUCUGGCGGGGUAUAGUCAGCAUCAGCCUAAUAGAAGGUCGUAACCUGCAGCCAAUGGAUGCCAACGGAUUCAGCGAUCCUUAUGUCAAGUUCAAGAUGGGUCAUCAGAAGUACAAGAGCAAGACUAUUGCCAAAACACUAAACCCCCAGUGGAGAGAGCAGUUUGAUUUCCACCUGUAUGAAGAACAGGGAGGCUACGUAGACAUCACAGUGUGGGACAGAGACGCUGGCAAGAAGGAUGACUUCAUGGGCAGGUGUACCAUCGACUUGUCGCUUCUCAGUAAAGAACACACUCACAAGCUUGACCUACCACUGGAGGAAGGGUACGGUGUUCUGGUUUUACUGGUCACGCUCACUGCAUCCGCUGCCGUUUCCAUCUCAGACAUGUCCGUCAACAUUUUGGAUGAUCCAAAUGAGAGGCACCAGAUUACACAAAGAUAUAGCCUCUGGAGGUCACUCCACAACUUGAAAGAUGUCGGCGUGGUUCAGGUGAAGGUCAUCAGAGCUGAAGGACUAAUGGCGGCAGAUGUCACAGGUAAAAGCGAUCCGUUUUGUGUGGUGGAGCUGAGCAAUGAUCGACUACAGACACACACCGUCUACAAAAAUCUAAAUCCAGAGUGGAACAAGGUCUUCACUUUCAACGUCAAGGACAUCCACUCUGUGCUUGAGGUUACUGUUUACGACGAGGACCGAGACAGAAGUGCCGACUUCCUUGGGAAAGUGGCUAUCCCUUUGCUAAAUAUCCAAAAUGGAGAACGCAAAGCCUACGUCUUGAAAAGCAAGGAGCUGACAGGGCCAACAAAAGGGGUCAUCUUUCUCGAAAUAGACGUGAUUUUUAAUGCUGUGAAGGCUGGUCUCAGGACUCUGACUCCCAUCGAACAAAAGUACAUUGAGGAGGAGCCUAAAGUGUCCAAACAGCUGCUUUUGCGUAACUUUAACCGAGUCAGACGCUGCAUCAUGUUCCUGAUCAACACAGGCUGCUACAUCAACAGCUGCUUCGAAUGGGACUCUCCGCAGAGAAGCAUCUGUGCUUUUGUGAUUUUCAUCAUUGUCGUGUGGAACUUUGAGCUUUAUAUGAUUCCCCUGGCUUUGCUUCUACCUUUGGCCUGGAACUACAUUCUCAUUGCGUCGGGGAAGGAUACAAGACAAGAUGUUCAAGCUGUGGAGGACCUGCUGGAAGACGAGGAUGAGGAUUUUGACAAAGAUGACAAGGACCCUAAACAAGGCCCCUGGGAGGACAGCUAUGAUAAAAACCAUAUCCUCGAGGAUAUAUUGGCUUCCUGGCACUUUGAGUGGAUACGAGUGAUGGUGGACUCGGAGAGAAAGGGCUUUGUGAACAAGCUUUAUGCCAUUCAGGACGUGUGCAUCAGUGUACAGAAUGCACUGGAUGAAGUGGCCUCCUAUGGCGAGAGGAUAAAGAACACAUUUAACUGGACCGUGCCUUUCUUAAGCUGGUUAGCGAUUGUAGCCCUCGUUGUGGCCACAGUCGUAAUCUACUUCAUCCCUUUGCGGUUCAUCGUGCUGGCAUGGGGGGUGAACAAAUUCACAAAGAAGCUACGGGACCCUUACACCAUUGACAACAACGAGCUGCUGGACUUCCUAUCCAGAGUGCCCUCAGAUGUUCAAGUGGUGCAGUACCAACAGCUGAAACUGGAUCCCAAUCCCAGUCCAAAUAAAAGGAAGAAAAACAACCCGGGGUAGAUUACGCCGUCCGCCCACAGACUCCUCUCUUCUUCAUUUUCCUCCUGCUGGUCUGAUACAGGACACUGAGAAGAACAUCUUGGCUGAACCAUCCUCCUUCUAUUUAUAUCCCAUCUUAUUUUUUUUAUUUUUCUUCCUUCAGUAGACUUACCAGCUUCCUUUAUGAAUAAUCUUUAUGAAUAAUAAUAUUGAGCAAGGAUUUUUACAUCAUUAUCGUUGUUAUUAUUGCUAUUAUUAUGUAGUCUUGCUUUUAAUGUGUUGAGUCCUUUUUUUAUAUCAGCUUUAUCCUUCCGUCUGGAGGUCUGUAUGAUCGCCACAAUGGUCAAACAGAUACACUGAAAUAUUUAGAGAUGAUUGGGUGCAUUAUUUUAAUAGAAUUUUUAAAUAAUCAUUGUUGAUAUUUCUUUAGUUUAUUCUAUAUAGCUUUGAAACAUUUUUGGUCAAAUAUUUGUAUUUUCUGAAUUGUUUUUAUACUAAUGCAUCCUUACUUCAUCUCCUCUUAAACUUGUUAAUGAUUAUAUGUUUGCUGGUAGUACUGUAGUUUGGGUUGUUACCUGAAUUAGCGAGCAAAGCUGAUUGGGAGUGUAGUUUAUAACUUCCAGAUAUGUUUCUUCACCAAGAAGAACAUCUCAGCAAAUUAGAUUUUUUUUUAAAGUUGGUCGGACCCAAGGGCCAUCACACAGAGGGGUAUCCAGUGUAAGGGCAGACUGUUGCAUUCCAUGUGUUUCAGAGCCAGAGGCAAUAUCAGGAGCACCUUAGCUGACAGGAGAAGAAAAAAGGAAACAAAGGACAGUUCAGUAGCUUAAAAGUCCUCCUAGAUGAGGAUGGAUUUUGCAUUUCAUGUAGACAUCAAGGUUCCAAAGUUUGGAGGAAGAGUGGAGCAGCACAAAAUCCAAGCUGCUUCAAUUUCAGUUAAAACUUUUCAAUGACAGGAAUAAUUUGAGGAGCCAUGUCAUGUGAUGGUGUGGGUCCAAAUUCAGAGCAGCUGUCCAUCAGGAAAUUUUUAUCAAGAUUUGGAUUUUAUUUCCAUGUAGGACUUUCCUACACUGCCAAAUGUACAGAUCUGCCAUAACAACCGCACUUGAUGGGUCAGCAAACCCCCAACAGCCAACUCCAUAAGAUGGCAACAGCAGAUCCAACAUUGCAGACUUGCUUGAGGCUACCAAUAAAGCAAAUUCCAGUUUUCCACUUAUCUGAAUUUACAAUUUUCAACGGCUGUACAAACGGCACUUAAGACAAACUAAUCAAUGGAAGAAAUGUAUCACUAGCUGUGUUUCCAUCAACAACCAAAUUGUACAAAUUCUAAUUGCGAAAAUAAAUUUGGUGGAUGGAAACACCGCAAUUUCUUAAAAACUUGCAUUUUGCAAUAAAAAGCUUUUGUGCUUCAAUUAAGUCGUUUUGCGGCCAUUUUCAGAGCUAUUUAGUGUGCAAACAUGUUCAAAUGCAAUUUCAACUGUCUUCGUUAUUUCAUGGAAAUACUGCAAUUGCGAACUUUGCAUUUUUAAAAUUAGCAAAAUAUCGCCAUACUUUUGUGCACAUUUGUAAUGGAAACACAGCUAGUGCGGAUUAUUGAAUCAGAUUCCUGAAACAGUUUGCCUACUAUGAUAAAUGAGUGAGUUUCAUUUCCUUUUUUGUUACAUUUGAGAUUCAUUAAAUAAAACAAAGCCAGAAAAAACAAGUUGGAAAUAUGUUAGAUUUAGUGUAGCCCUAGGAUGCUAGUAAAUGUGCAGUUUAACCUUGCCAACGUUGUCACUCGUUCGGACCGACACCUUCUCAGUGAGGAGGUGCCGAAGACGGGGCCUGCUGUCGCUGUGUUUAUAUAGAUGUCAGCUGGUCUAUGUAGAGUGUCAUCGAGCAGGCAGGCAGGCCUUUAGGCAGGCACAGCCCUAAUCUUGUUUGAAAGGCCGGUCUCCUUCCCUCUCAUCUCCCUGUGUGUUUGCCUUGGCGGCCACACAUGAAAGCAUUUACACACGAGACGUACUUCUUCAGCACGGGCACGUAUGCAGACACAAAGAGCCCCAGCUUCUCUCUCUACCUCUCAAGAGAGAAAGCGCGCAUCUCUUGUAGGAAGUCUUGCACACUGUAACUACUUGCUUGCAGAUGAAAACAGAAUGUCAUAUUUGUGCAGCAACAUUUUCUCCCUCUCAACCGCACGCACACACACACACACAGGAAAAUGCUCUCUAUGAUGCGGCGCCUGGGGCUGGCCGCCCUCUCCAUCUGCCCCACCUCCUGUGCCCACAGCUCUACUUUGAUCAGCCCUUCCAGAGACAUGGGCUCGUAUGUGCGAGCUGUGUAUUUACAGAGAAGUGUUUGCAUAUACACAUUUACGCAAUCAAAGAUUCUCUCAGCGUCGGUGUGUGGUACAAUUGCAUCUCCCCUCCAGCUCUAGACUGACACUCAGACUCAGUGUGUGUGUAUUCGUGUGUGCGCUGCAGUAAAAACGGCAGCUGUUUUUUGGUGUUGACUUUGUGGAGAUGCUUGAUGAGCAGCAAGUCAUUGUGUGACAAGACAAGGCUCCGAGGGGACUUAGGCCUGAGAUGUCAGGGACGGAGGAAUAUUUGUGUGUGUCUGUUUUAUCCUAUUUCAAAACCCACUUCCCGUCAUGCUUUCCCCGUUUGCUCUCUCUCUGCGGUUUCCUCGUUCGUCAGUAAGCAGGGUUGCGACCCUGUCUGAGGGAACGGUCUCUUGGGCUUCUUGCCGAGCUUCUCUUGAAAGAUCACAGCACAGGCUAUGUUUGAGGAGGUCCUGUCUCAUCCUAUUGAUCCCUGCCUCCAUUUCCCAUUGCCUCGACUUCUUUGUCUGACUGUCUUUAAGUCUGUAAGCCCCUGCUCUGUCUGUCUGUGUGCCGUCACCUUCCACCCUCUGAAACUCCUUCCUUCCGUAUAACUGUUUCCAUACUUUUAUAUGAUUUUGUUGUCUGAUCCAUCUGGAAAAAAGUAAUACUGUUUCUUUUAGAGCAUUACCACAAACUUGUCACUUUGACUCCUGAGGAAUGCCUUUUUUUGUAAUGCCUGAUGAACUGCUUGAAUACUUGACAUUUUAUUUGUACUGUAACAGUGCAGGCAACUUUUGUUAUCACCCCUUGUAAAGAUUGUAAAAAGAUUUUAAGUUGAUCAAACUUUCCUUACAGUAGGGUAACUACAGCAAAAUAAAUACUUUAUUUGGGUGCCUUUAUUUAUCGGAAAACCCAGCAAUGGUAAAGUUUUAUGAUUGACGACAAAAGGCUUUUCUGUCCAUAUUAGUUCAAUGCUUUGCAAAAGGUAUUCACUCUCCUUGACUUAUCGAUUUACAUAAUUGUUAAUCCUAUUUUCUCUGAUCAGCAGAAAUAGUCGAAGUCAGUGGAAUGAACUAAUAAUAAAAACACACAGUUGCUAUAAGGCCCCAAAGCAAGAAGUAUCACACCAUGAAGACCAAGGAGCUUGACAAACAGGUUGGGGACAAUCUUGUUGAGAAGCAGAAAUUUGAGGGGUUAUAGAAAAAUCCCCUUACCUAAACUAACAGAAACUGAGUUGCUAUAUUUGAACUCUUAAGUUGGAUUUUUGUUAUGUCCAUGUUAGAAAUUUCAAUCAGAAAAUUCAAACUUGACAUUAAGAGUCAGAAAGUGAUGGCAGCACAACAGAACUUGACUUCCAUUUUCAAGAUGGCUGCCACUUGUAUCAUCCAGUCGUACCUUUUCAGUGUUUCUAAGACCAUAAUAGAACAGUGUUUUUGUUGUUAUAUUUGUAACAUUUCCAUAAUGGCCCUAUAUGAACAACGAACGAUAUUGCAUAAAGGAAUGAUAUUACUAUUAGAUAAAUUUUCUCCAGCUUCACAAAUCUGAGAUAAAUGGAAUGCAGCAUUAAUAAAAGAGGCAGCACAGACAUCAAUGUUAACCAUCAAUGAGUUGCAUAGUUCCACAGCAAAGACUGGAUUGCCUCCGAAUAGGACAACAAUAAAGCAUACAGUCCAUUAAGCUGGAUUGAUGAGAAACAAAAGCCAUCAGUUACUUUUUUAAUAAAGUUUGUUUUCAGUUUACUAAAAGGCAAGUUCUGGACAGAUAAGAUCAAAAAUAAAGUUUUCAGCCACAAAGGAAAACUCCACCUCUUGUACAAACUGGUUUGAGCUAAAAAUGCUCUUCAUUGGCAAAAACCAACAUAAAAGAGGAGCAGCAGUUUUUUCCCUUGGGGAAUGGGCAGAAAUCCCGGUGGUGUAUGUCUCAAACUCAUAGGGACUUAUCCGAUGUGACUUUCAGCUUUAAUUGCCACAAAUGAAAAUUGAAA